ACUGUUGUGUUGUGUUUCAGAUCGCUCCUGCUUGCAAGUACGUGCUACAUUUGAACCAUUUGGAUCUCGCGCUAAAUACCAAGACUCGAUGUUUUGGAUCUGAUUGGUUCGUCUAUAUAUUGUGGUCAUGUCAACCGUAAACUUUAUUCUAUAUAUAAAUACAAGUGAAACUCUCAGUGAAAGAUUUCUCACAUGUACGUGAAAGUGUCCUUUUUUCAUGAUAGAAAUAGCGGUAAGCAUGUGAAGAUUUAAGAGUCCUCGGAAAUAUAUGAUAAAGCCUCAAGACUGUCCAAGAAACCUGUCUUAACAUCUAAUGUUAAGCUAUUUCAAGGGGACCGGAAGUAGGUGUUAGUUGGGACAUAAUAUUAAGCUCAUUGGUGAUUUACGUCAGCUGUCAUUGUACAGGCAAGCAAUGCAUACUUAUGUCGCGUCAGUUAAAUUUUGUAACUGGUAAUCCAAACAAAUUGACUGAAUUCCUUAAAAUUAUUGGUGAGGAAUUUACUGGAAAAGUAAAAACAGUUGAUCUAGAUUUACCUGAAGUUCAAGGUAGUAUCGAAGAAGUGAGUAUACAAAAAUGUUUAUCUGCUUUUAAAAUAAUCAAUGGACCUGUAUUAAUCGAAGAUACAGCACUUUGUUUUAAAGCACUGAAUGGAAUGCCUGGGCCUUUCAUUAAAUGGUUUUUAAAAGCGGUUGGUCCUGAUGGACUACCUCGUAUGUUGAUUGACUUCAAUGAUUAUCGUGCAGAGGCUGUAUGCACUUUUGCUUAUUGUGAUAGCCUCGAAAAACCAGUACAAUUAUUCACUGGUAUCACAUCAGGUUGUAUUGUUUCACCUCGUGGACCACGUGAUUUUGGAUGGGAUUGCAUAUUUCAACCGGAUAACUUUGAACAAACUUAUGCUGAAAUGGAUAAAUCUAUAAAAAAUUCCAUAUCACAUCGAUAUAAAGCGUUAGAAAAAGUGAAGUCUUUUUUGCUGAAUCAUGGAGCUUAAUGAAAGCAGUUUUUUUUCUCAGUUUUGAACAAAAACAAACGUUUAUAAAAGGAAUAUUGAUAUUUUGAAUUAAUUAUUUUAUACAUUUAGAUUGAACUACUUUUUUUAUUUCAAGUAACAUAGAAAUAUUACUGAUUUAUGUUUAAACUCAUUAAAUAGGAUACAAUGGAGAAACAUCAUAAUUUCUUGAUAAAGUUAAGUGAUUAGGUUUUUCUAAAAAGGGUUUCUUCUACUCACUCGUUCAGAGUUUAAAGAUCCUCUAUGUUUUUGUCAUUUAUAUUCGUUAUAUGCUGUAGAAAUUGCCUAAUAAUUACACAACUUGGAUCACACGGG